CCUGGCUCUUGAUUUGAGUCAAAAUCGAAAUCUCUAAGACUUAACUUAGUUUGUAUCUAUGCUUACAACGCGUCGGAUGGAGAAUUAAGUUUUAUUUUUACGAAACAUCGUAUUGUUUUAAAGUACCUACAUAUCUACCUACAUGUUCAAGAAAUCUAAUUAUGAUACACACCUGAAACUGAAAGAUAGGUUUCCGCGCGAGCCUCUAUCUUUAUGUGUAUGUGUGUGAGAGAGUGUCUGCAUUGUGAGGUGUAAUUUUUUGUGAUCGUUUCGUUUGUAUGUGCGACUGUGCUUUGGAUAAAAUAUAAAAAAGAAUUUGUGUCGCUUGAAUUUUCUGCCGCACCCAGAAAAAUUUCCAACUUUCCUCAAAAAAAGGUUUAUCUAGUGAAUAAUAUUACAUUUUAAAUACAAAAUUUAAAAUUGAUCGUGAACACACUCCUAAAGGGACUUGGUAAAAUAAAAAAAAAACGCUGUCUCAGCUUUUCAAGCUCUGACUACGUAGCAAAAUUGCCAUUAAGGUGUAUGAGGUACGCUGAAUGCGAUAUGUUGUGAUGAAAAUGUGGCGUAAUGAAAGGAACGUAAGCACUAUUCCAUCUCUAGGAGCACCCACAUCGGGUGGCAUUUGGAAUGGUGAUAAGCAGAAUUCGUCUGCGCAGCAUCGAAGUGCGUAUUCCCUUCCUCAUCCAGGCAUAGCAGCCAGCAAUAUGCGUUAUAGAAACACUGAAAGCCCCCCUGCCAGAAGCGGGGGUUAUAUAUCGCAUGCGUCAUCUAUGCUCAAUAUUCCGGAAAACAACGAAAACUUGCUGAUAAGUUAUCGCCAAACAGCUCUACCUCCCAAUCGCCAAAUAGGGAAUGUGGUGGCACCUUCUUAUACAGACAGGAAAAGACCCAUGUCCAUGUAUGAUGUUCCGCCAAUCAAUGGUGGGCCUUUUCCUGACUUUUUUCCACCUGGCAACAGAAAUAAAAACGACAGAAAUUUACCCACAAAAGCUGUUCCUUCAAGGAACUUACGCCAAAGUCCUAGUGAAUUGAAAGUGGAUCCGGAACUUAUUUUUACCAAACAAGAACGAAUCGGCAAAGGUUCGUUCGGUGAAGUCUUCAAGGGAAUUGAUAAUAGAACUCAACAGGUCGUUGCAAUAAAAAUAAUUGAUUUAGAGGAAGCUGAAGAUGAGAUAGAAGAUAUUCAGCAAGAAAUUAUGGUCUUGUCGCAAUGCGACUCCCCGUAUGUUACAAAAUAUUAUGGAUCUUAUUUAAAGGGCACGAAAUUAUGGAUUAUAAUGGAAUACUUGGGCGGUGGAUCCGCUUUGGAUUUAAUGAAGGCUGGAUCAUUCGAAGAAAUGCAUAUAGCCAUCAUUUUACGAGAAGUUCUGAAAGGUUUGGAUUAUUUGCAUUCGGAAAGGAAGCUACAUCGAGAUAUAAAAGCUGCGAAUGUGUUGCUCAGUGAAAUGGGAGAUGUUAAGUUGGCAGAUUUUGGUGUUGCUGGUCAACUUACCAACACAACAUCUAAGCGGAAUACAUUCGUUGGUACACCAUUUUGGAUGGCCCCAGAAGUCAUAAAACAGUCGAUGUACGACUCAAAAGCCGACAUUUGGUCGUUAGGCAUAACGGCCAUUGAAUUAGCCAAAGGAGAACCUCCAAAUUCUGAGCUACAUCCAAUGAGAGUUUUAUUUUUGAUUCCAAAAAAUAAUCCUCCUCAACUCACUGGUAAUUACACCAAGUCAUUUAAAGAUUUUGUUGAGGCAUGUUUAAACAAAGACCCAGAAAACCGACCCACAGCAAAGGAGCUACUAAAAUACCAAUUUAUUAAAAAAGCAAAGAAAAACUCAUAUCUUAUAGAUCUAAUAGAUCGAUACAAAAAAUGGAAGACACAAAAGGGUGAAGAGAGUGAAACCGAAUCGGAGAACUCUGACUCGGAAGAUUCAAAACAGGACAGUGAUAUGGAUGAACCUUGGAUAAUGACUGUCAAAGGUUUACACUUUAAUAACGUAUCGGGCAAAUCAUCAUCAGCUAGCGCCGUAUCAGCAAAUGCCCAGCUCGAUGAAAGUGAAAAACUGAUGAUGGGUAUGUCUAAUAAACAUCACAAUGGAUCGAGUAUUCUUCAGCCAUCACAACAUUCAAUAGCGAGUAGCGGCCAAUCUACUCGUGACGCCAACUUAAAUCAUUACAAAGUUUCUUCAGUCCCGCAAAAUAAAAGUACUGCAUCUAAUAUAUCUGCCCCGAUGCAUCAUAGUCAACAAAGUUCUUUGGGUAAUAAACAUCAAGAUUCUUCACCCACAAGUGCCGGCAGCAGCAAUAUGGAUGCAAACAUGAAAAUGGGCAUUGAUGUUAGCAAAGAAACCGAACGAAUACAACAGAGAAUGAAUGAGGAAAAAGAUCAAGAUAGACGAACAUCGAAAGAGCAAUCGCAAUUAGAACACAGUGAAGAUUCGAUGGCAGCGCCUUCCAACCAACGACGGAGUCACAAGGAACACCAUUCUGCUUCUAAUAGUCAGUCAACUUCCAGUUCUUCGUCCGGUAAUAACAAUAGCAGUUACAACGGCAAUUCUAAAGUCAAUGUCAACGCAGAACGAUCAUCGGCGACAGGAACAAGCACAGCGUUGAAUCCUAAAAGCAAUAACGUCAACAGAGUAGUUCAAACAAAUAGCCCGUGCCUAAACAAUUUUCUGUUUCCACUUCUAACAGACCUGCAACGUAAACAUUCACAUUCAAGUAGAAAUUCAAAUGUAUCUGACAUAGUGGAAUUGAGACAAGCAUUCGAAAUGGCAGAGCGCACUAGCCCGGGCAUCAGUGAUUUGUUCUUGAAAGAAGUUAUACAUAAACUAGUUCCUGGUUACUCUGAAACCCGAAUAAAUAACCUGAUGGAAAAAGUAGUUCGAAGCAAGAAGUGAGUGUGGAAAGGAAUUAUGAAUUAAGUUAACAAAAUUGUGCAGCGUUUACGUAUAUAUUUAAAUAUCUACAUUUAUUAGAAUUAUUUCAAGCAUAUUAUUAUAAUUAUUUUGAAUUAAAUUGUUUGUUUUGUUUGGCAAUUAAUCCCCUUUGUUGUUGUGUUCGGUGAACA